AUGACGGACAGCGAAAGCUCGAUGGGCGAGGUCGAUGCCCAAGCGCAGGAGGUUCUGGAUCAGAGAAAGUGGGAGUACCAGGACUUCAUGUCGUCCUUCGAUCGAGACGUCCUGCCCUCGGAGUGGCAGACUGAGCUCAUGUCCCGAAUUACUCUCCCAGAGUCCAGGACCGAGCAAAGAAACUGGACUUCGUCGGCAGACUACCUGUUCACCAUGGCCCAAUGGGCUUGCUACCAGCCCGAACGAGACAUCCUCACUCUCUUCGGUCGCAUGAAGUCGCUUCGGGACAGAGCUAUAACCUUCAAGGAGAAGCUCCUAUACCGAUCGGAAGCAAACAUGCGUGAGUAUAAGGAAGGUGUUGUUGCGGUGGAAGCCGCAGCGGAGAAUAUGGAGGAGUUGAUGGGGAAAGCUGCUCUUGACAGAGAGCAUCGUCAACACGAGUCGCUUCGGGACGAGCAGGAGCACGAUCGGCAGAUCCUGGGAGUGCUUGUUCGUCUACUCGCCGACAUUUCUGACCCUGGGAUGGAUCCCAGAGCACGCACAACGAGGAGGGAUCGCGUCAGUGGAACGUGCCUGUUCUCCCAUCUGCUACAACAGCGACAUCGAGGGGAUUUCAUGCUGGAUCUGAUGGCAGAGAUUGUGGAGAGCACUGGAGACAACGUUGGCGUGGAAGCUAUGCGGCAAGAUGUCAGGGAAAUUCAUCGUAACCUGGACAGAUACGGGGCCCAUGAUGGGUACAAGAUUCGGUUCCAUCGCAUGUUCCGCGACAUCGUGGGCUGA